AUGGCCCCCGGUAGCCGGGCCGCCGCGGUGCUCGUCGUCUCGCUGCUGUGCCUGAGCCGCGCCUCCGUCUCCACCGAGCACUUCUCCGCGCUGACGCUGUUCAACAACGAGCUCCACCGGCAGGGCUGCAGCUCGCUGUCCGAGUGGGAGGAGUACGCCUCCGACUGCGAGUCAUCAAUUUUACAGUUAGAAGACCCAGACUGUGAGGAAGGAAGCAACCCGCCCUGCGAGUCGGUCUUCUCACUUAAUGCUGAGAAAAUCUUGAACCAGGCCAAGUUGUUUAUAGAGCAGAAAAAAAUCCCCUUUCCUGUAGUAAACCACAACACGAAUGAAGAACUUGCUAUAGGCUACGUGUUGAUCGGCAACGGUCUUUAUGAUGAAGCCAUCAAACAUUUCUCCCUCCUACUACAGGGUGACCCGGAGCUGGUCAGUGCCAUUUAUGGGAGAGGGAUAGCUUAUGGAAAGAAAAGUCUACAGGACAUAAAGAAUGCUGACUUGGCUUUGUUCGAGCUCAACAGAGUCAUCACGCUGGAGCCAAACUGGCCAGAAGUCUACGAGCAGAGAGCAGAGAUCCUGUCUCCUCUGGGUCGGAUCAGUGAGGCUCUGGGGGAUCUGACCAAAGCCAUCCAGCUGCAGCCGUCUGCUCGACUCUACAGACACAGAGGAACGCUGCUGUUCAUUUCAGAGGACUACGUGGCAGCUAUGGAGGACUUCCAACAGUCUUUAGAGCUGAAGAAGAAUCAGCCCAUUGCCAUGCUCUAUAAGGGCCUCACCUUCUUCCACAGAGGGAUGCUCAAGGAAGCCAUCGAGACGUUCAAAGAAGCACUGAAGUUCAAGCCUGACUUCAUAGAUGCCUAUAAGAGCCUAGGACAGGCCUACAGGGAGCUGGGGGAUUUUGAGUCGGCUAUGGAGAGUUUCCAGAAAGCCCUCAUGUUGAACCAGAACCACAUCCAGUCUCUCCAGCUCCGAGGCAUGAUGCUCUACCACCACGGCUCCCUGCAGGAGGCCAUAGGCAACUUCAAGAGGUGUCUUCAGUUGGAGCCCUACAACGAGGUGUGUCAGUACAUGAAGGGGUUGAGUCACGUGGCCAUGGGGCAGUUCUACGAGGGCAUCAAAGCUCAGACUAAAGUCAUGUUGAACGAUCCUCUGCUGGGACAGAAGGCCAGCUCCGAAUACCUCAAAGUCAAAUACCUCAGAGAGUACUCUCGCUACCUGCACUCCCACCUGGACAUCCCAGUGGCCGAAUACAACGUGGACCAGGAUUUACCAGGAAACUUCAAGAACCACUGGGCCAAGAAUCUGCCUUUUCUAAUAGAAGACUACGAAGAGCAGCCCGGCCUGCAGCCACAUAUCAAGGACGUGCUGCCUCAGAACUUUGACAGCUACAGCAGUGAAGUUCAGAAGCUCAUUUGCGCGGCCGACCAUCUGGGGGCGCUGAUGCAAUAUGACACUCCUGGUUUCCUACCGAACAGGCGGAUACACAGAGCCAUGGGUUUAGCUACGCUGGAGGUCAUGCAGGCCAUGCAUCGAACAUGGAGCAACUCCAAAGUGCGAGUCAACGGCAAAACCAGGCAGAUGCAGUGGAGAGACAUGUUCGAUAUAGCUGUUAAAUGGAGAAGGAUUGCCGAUCCUGACCAGCCGGUUCUUUGGUUAGACCAGAUGCCUGCCAGGAGUCUCAGUCGAGGCUUCAACAAUCAUAUCAAUCUCAUCAGGGGACAGAUUAUCAACAUCCGAUACCUGGCUUACUUCGACAACAUCCUGGACUUUAUCAAAGACAGAAUACUGGUGUACCACGGGGCGUACAACCCCCGAGGUUUACUAGAAGUCCGACAGGCUCUUGAAAACGUCAACAAAGUAGAAGAUCUUCUGCCAAUAAUGAAGCAGUUCAACAGUAAAACCAGAGAUGGCUUCACAGUCAACUCCAAGGUCCCCAGCAUGAAGGAUGCUGGGAAGGAGUACGACGGUUUCACCAUCACCAUCACCGGAGACAGGGUGGGCAACAUGUUGUUCUCAGUGGAGACGCAGACGACAGAGGAGCGGACCCAGCAGUACCAGUCAGAGAUCGAGUCCAUCUAUAAAGACCUCACAGCCAAAGGGAAAGCUCUGAUGCUGUCCACAGAACUCGGGGAUGCAGACGCCUUGUGUAACCUGAUCCUCUCCUUGGUCUAUUACUUCUGCAACCUCAUGCCCCUCUCCAGAGGAUCCAGUGUGGUGGCGUACUCCGUGGUCAUGGGGGCGCUGAUGGCCAGUGGGAAGGAGGUGGUCGGCCGGAUCCCUAAAGGAAAGCUGGUGGAUUUUGAAGCUAUGACCACACCGAGUCCAGAGAGCUUCAGUAAAACAGCAAAGAUCUGGAUGAAUCUUAAAAGUUUACCGGGCUGGUACCAGAAUCUUCCAUCGGUAGCGGAGACGUUUGCGUCGACCAGGACGAUGAUCGAGGUUCUAAACACAGACUCGUCUUCACACUGUCCCAAGAAGUCUUAACACGACUUCCCCACAGGAGACGAGUCUGUUGGAUGAAGUCUUAAAGAUGGAGCUUCUACACUGGGCAGAACAACGUGACUUCCUUUCUUCUUCUUCUUCUUCUUCUUCUUCUUCUUCCCCCCAAACUGAACCGGACUAAGAUCAGAGUCUGUUUCCCGACAAAGCAACGGCCGUUAUUUGGUUUUUCAAAUUAAAACCACGAUUAGUUUCAUUUCAGUUUCCAAACACACUCCUGCUUUGAUCUCUGUCAUCUUUCCUGAAACGCUCCUCGCACACGACUCCUAUCGUCACAGUUGGAAAGUUUAUUUCUCCUUUUAAAUGCAUUGUAGUGAAAUGUUAAAAAGCAGUUUACUAUUAUUACCUUUAAUUCUAUUUUAAUCACCACCACAGUAAACAGCAAAGAGCCACAGCUGGUGAGACGUUUUCCUCAAUUAGUCAAUUAAACAUCUUGGGAUGGAAUGAACAGAAUAUUUCACUUGGAUCAAAAUGUGGUUUUCUGUUGGAAGUUUUUUUAAUACCCGCUUUUCAAAGUACAUAUUUUCAUAGAGUUCAAUAAUUGUUCAGUUUUAACGAGUAGUUAGAUAUUUGACGUCUUUCCACACAGUUAGUGAGACAUGACAGAGAUCAUUGCAGCAGGAUGCGUCAGUAAGCAACCCUGUAACCUGAUUCUCUCUAUCUCUCUCUCUCUCUUUCUUUCGUUCUCUCUCUCUUUCUCUGGCUCCUUCUGGCUCUCUCUCUCUCUCGCUCUCUCUCUCUCUCACUCUCUCUUUCUCUGCGUCAUCGGCCUCCCUCUCAAACGCUCAAAGCACAAAACUCAUCAGCAUGAACAAUCUGUCCCUAGUCUUAGUUCGCCAUGAAUGUUAAAUUUUAUCUUCACGUCUGGAGAUUUAAGUUCUGAAUCGACAGCGUUAUGUAUUAAAGUUUAUAUUUAACAUCGGAGUUUGUAAUUGGCACUUUAAACUUCUUCCAUGUUAAACCGCUGCUGUGCUCCGGCCCCGACAGCAGAGAAGGAGCUGAGGGAUUUUAACCAUAUGAAACCAAACCUGAAUUCUACUUUGGAUCCUUGAAGCUGUUUCUCUUUUUAAUUUAUUUCGCUGGCAGGAAGUGUCACUUCUCUUUUCGGGGCCUGAACCCUUCAUUUCUUCUAACGUGACCCAUGACAGUUUGUUUAAAAGAAGAGUUGCUGACAUGAAGCAAGAGGGACAGUCAGAGAUUUUAGAGACACAGAAAUUAGAAACAAAAACCUAAAUUGACAAUCAAUGAUUUGGUAAUUUACAGACAGAUAUAUCACUUAACUUUCAUAAUUAAAUAGUAAAUCAUGGUACGAUCGGCUGCAACUGUUAUUCAUCUUUUCCUCUGCUUAAAAAUGGAUGAAAAUAAAAGCAAUUCAUUCAAUAUUAGUGUUGUUCUAAAGUUGCUUCUACACAAAUUAACAUUUACUUUUAUUAAAUUGUAAUAUCCCCUUUAAAAUGUAAUGAGUGACCAUUGAAACUCAAGUAGAAGCUACAAAAUAAGAGCUCCUGAAUGUUCCCUGAUAUCUCUGACUGUUUUAUCUUGAUGAGGAUUAAUAACAGGUGAAAUAGAAAAGCACACAACAACUGUUUACUGUUAUUUCCUUUGCGAUCCUCCCUUAAACCUGCGUUGAGCGACAUCUCAUGAGUUUUACAUGUUCUUGGAAUUACACUUGAGUUGUUUUAUGAAGUGAUGAUUUAAUCAUGAGGCUAAAUGCGGCUGCUGUCUCGUAUUCCAACGACUCUUCUAUCUGAGUCGAAGCACAAGCAAAAUGUCAACAGGUCAUUUAAUAGCAUCGAGUCCCUCGAACAAAAUCCAGUUCAUUUCUUAUUUAAACGUUUUCGAUUCAGAGGCCUUUAACGUAUCAUCCCUGAAUGUGUUCAGUUCAGUCCUCUUCUCAUCCGGUCUGUUCAUUUCCUGCCUCACUGACAGUGGAUGGCUGACACCGGUUCUGCUCUGUGUCACGUUUUCAUUUUUCAUAUCAAUGAUUGUUCUGGUUUUUUUAAACAUUCAUUUUGUCUUUGCACCGGCUGCUCCAGUCAUGAGUUAACAGCCGGGAAUCUCAAAGCCUCAAACUGGAAGGAGGGAAUUUCGUUUUCAAUGAAUGAGUGAACGAAUGUUUAGUCAAUAAAACUGGUUGACAAUUUUA